UUGUGCGGGGAGGAAGGAAGGAAGGAAGGAAGGAAGGAAGGGAAAGGAAAGGCAAAGGCGCAACGCACCAUAGCCAAGCAUCUUCUCUUUGCAACUGUGCCUCCGGCGCGCGCACCGGGCGCGCGGCUCUUCCUCCCGGGAGGCGAGGAGUUUGGCGAGUUACUUUCGGCGGAGCUGCAACGCCUGCCUCCCGGCUGCCAUGGAGCCGAAGCACAAGGAGCUGCUGGUCCAAUGUCACCAGAGUCUGGCCCAGGCCAUGACGGAGGUGGACAAGGUGAUCGAGCUGCUGGAUGCUGCGGGGACCCUGAGCCCCAUCGACUUGCGAGAGCUGCAGGAAGCCGGGAUGGUAACGGGAGGAGGAAGCGAUGAUGGAGGGAAGGAGGGAGCCUCGGCCAGCGCCUGCAAGGCCGACUUGCUCAUCAAGCUGCUCCUGGCCAAGGACCGCGAUCACUUCCAGGACCUGCGCGUGGCCUUGGAGAAGACGCAGCCUCACCUGCUUUCCAUCCUGUACCUGAAUAACGGCGUGGCGGGCGCGCAGCCUGGCGAGGCGGCUGGGUCGACUUACAGCGUACUGUCCAUAAUGCCAUCAGACUCCGAAAGCAGCAGUUCUCUCAGCAGUACUGGUACAACAGGUAAACCAUCAUCACCACCCCCUGCAGUCAUUGAUGUGAGGCAGAUGAAUGAGAAACUGGAGACCAUUUUGUUUCAGCUCCGCCAGGUUACCCGUGAGAGGGAUGAGUUGAGGAAGCGUCUUGCACUGUCGUCUCCUGGGUCAACCUUUGAUGACUGCAGGCCUAGCCCCAAGCCAAACCAUGAUUAUGAAAGGCUGAAGAUUCAGUGCAUGAAGGCAAUGUCCGAUCUGCAGUCUCUACAGAACCAACACACCAAAACGCUAAAAAGAUGUGAAGAAUCUGCUAAGGAGGCUGAUUUCUAUCAUACACUGCACAGUCGUCUGCUGAGUGACCAGUCACAGCUGAAGGAGGACAUGGACACUUUGAAGCGGAAGAACAGCCAGUUGGUACGAGAGCACAAUCACCUCCAGCAGUCAUGUGAGGAAAUGAAGAGACUUCAUGAUGAGGAUCUGAAGGAGAUAACAGACCUGCGCAGUCAGCAGCAGCAGGUGAUGAAGCAGAAUGGGUCGUCAGAGAUACUGAAUAAACUCUACGAUACAGCGAUGGACAAGCUGGAGGGUGUGAAGAAGGAUUACGACACACUUAGGAAGCGGUACAAUGAAAAGAUAGCGAGCCACAAUACUGAUCUGAGCCGAUUAGAGCAGACGGAAGAGGAAAACAGGCGACUCCAGAAGCAGAUUGACAUGCUGAUGAAACAGCGGGACACAGCAAUACACUUCCAGCAGCAGUACUCCACCUCUCUGAGAAGGUUUGAGACCGUGCAGCAGGAACUGAGCAAGGCCACCGCCCAAAACAAGGAGCUACAGAGAGAGAUGGAGCGGUUGCAGGCAGAAGUGACGAGGUUUAAAACAAUGCAGCUGAAAGCCGUGAAGGAUGCAGAGAAGUACAAGGAAGAGAGGGACUCAGUUUUCAACGAGUACCGUCUCAUCAUGAGCGAGAGGGAUCAAGUCAUCAAAGAAGUGGAUAAGCUGCAAACGGAGCUGGAACUUGCCGAAUCCAAAUUGAAAAACACAUCCUCAGAGAAAAGAGUGGCUAGUGAGGAAAUGGAAGCCUUAAGACAGGAGCUGAACUCUGCUCUAGUGGAACGAGAUCGAGCAAUCUGUGAAAGGAAUGAGCUCUUGGAAAAGUACUGCCAUGAAGUGAAAGACAAGGCUGAAGCCCAGAAGGAGCUGGAUCAAGCCUGCAAGGAUAUUGAGACGGUGAAAGAAGAGAGAGAUGUGGCUAGGAAGGAAAGAACAGAAGCCAUCAUCCAGAGAGAUCAUCUACUGAGAGAGUACUAUCAAGCUCGCCAGAUACAAGAUUCUGCUACACUGGAUAUAGAACGAGCAAACAAAGAAAUUGAAAUGCUGCGGAAGCAAUACGAGGCAAUGUCACAGGAGUUAAAAGAAGCUGUCCAGGAAGCAGAAGUCGCGAAAUGCAGAAGAGAUUGGGCCUUUCAGGAACGUGACAAGAUUGUAGCAGAACGAGAGAGCAUACGGACUCUGUGUGAUAACCUGAGGAGGGAAAGAGACAGAGCAGUGAGCGACCUGGCUGAGGCUCUUCGCAAUCUGGAUGAUAUGAGGAAGCAAAAGAACGACGCUGUGCGUGAACUGAAAGAGCUGAAGUGCGUUCCAGAAACCCCUUCAAAGUGUAACUCUGACUUGAUAUUAGAGAAGAUGGAGAAUCAGUUGGAAAAGGAAGCAAGGUUUCGGCAGUUGAUGGCCCACAGCUCUCAUGAUUCAGCCAUUGAUACAGAUUCUUUAGAGUGGGAAACAGAAGUAGUAGAGUUUGAGAAAGACAGGGAAGAUAUGGAUUUGAAAGCCCUUGGUUUUGAUGUUGCCGAAGGUGUGAAUGAACCAUAUCUUCCCGGAGACUGCGGGAUAUUUGUUACCAAAGUGGACAAAGGAAGCAUUGCAGAUGGUCGAUUAAGAGUGAACGAUUGGCUGUUGAAGAUAAAUGAUGUGGAUCUUACCAACAAGGAUAAGAAGCAAGUAAUAAAAGCGGUACUUAACGGUGGAGGAGUUAUAAAUAUGGUUGUUCGCAGAAGGAAGUCCUUAGGAGGGAAAGUGAUAACACCACUACACAUAAAUCUUGCUGGCCACAAAGAUAGUGGAAUUGGUCUAGAAAAUGGAGUAUUUGUUGCUACUGUAGUGCCUGGUAGCCCAGCUGCCAAAGAGGGAUCCCUUGCAGUGGGAGAUAGAAUUAUUGCCAUAAAUGGCAUUGCACUAGAUAAUAAAUCACUGACUGAAUGUGAAGCUUUGCUGCGAAACUGCAGGGAAUCACUUACGCUUUCAUUGAUGAAGGUUUUUCCUCAGAGCUCAAGCUCAUCUUGGAGUGGUCAGAACAUAUUUGAAAACCUCAAGGAUUCAGAGAAAAUAUCAAACUGCAGGGUCCAUGCAUCGGAGGUGCAGGCUCAGAAUAAAAGAAACUUAAAACACAACAGCUCAACCCAAACAGACAUUUUCAAUCCAGACAUAAUGGACACCAAGAAGGACCAGAAUGAUCAGGAGAGCAACUUGUACUGCGAUCUGAAACCAUUCUCCAACACGGUUUUGCACACAGACUCUCACCAGAGUGCAGUCCAUGGGUGCCACAGUACCUCUGAACACAGCCUAGGCUCCUUUAGUCCAGAUGUGUAUGGGGAACCAAGCUAUGGCAUUGUUGGUCUGGACAGCAGGAGACUGCCUUUUGAGCCCACAGUAGCAGACUGCAUGGUGAUUGAGAGUGUGUUGGACAAAGGGCAUGGUGAGAAGCACAGUGGUGGCACUUGGCCCAAGAUAAUGGUCAACAUUACUGCUGCGGAAACAGAAAAAUUCUCUGUGUACAAAAAGCCAAAACAACGGAAGUCCAUCUUUGAUCCGGACACUUUCAAGAGGCCUCUCACUCCUCCUAAGAUGGACUACCUGUCUCCCAGUCAGGUGUUGGGACAUUCGCCCCAGCCCUCCAAAACAGAAGCCAUUUCCACCCCUCCCACCCCUCCCAAGAGAAGCGAUUCUAUUAAGUUCAAACACAAACAGCAAGCAAGUUCCACCUCGGACUCAACCGCCAUGACCGGCUCGCCACCAUCCAGUCCUGCCACAGCUCAGCCUCCUGUGUCGAUUGAACUCAAGCCAGACUGUGGUAUUCAUAAGGGGCGAGGUAGACCUUCUGGACAUUAUUACAGGGAAGAGGGGGUCGACUCUGCACAUUUGCCUUCGAGGAAAUCCUAUGAAGAUGACAUUGGUUUUCAAAGAAUGGAAGAGCCCAAAAUUAAAAGGCCAAGGCCCAAGUCUGCUCCUGCCUUGAGACAUAAACUAACCCCUGUGCCUAUUCCUAAUCCACCUCAUCAGGUGCAAAAAUACACUCCAGCAAGUGAAGAGCAUCUUUCUCCUGAGCUGCAAGAAUGGCCAGUGUAUUCACCAAAACAGUCUGGUAGGCACAGCGAUGGGUUUGUGCCUACCUCUUUAUACCCUGGAAGCCUGUCUUCAGGUACGGUACCAAGAAACAUUGCACCAUGUCCUGCAGUAACAGCUGUUAUGAGAAAUCCUGUUUACACUGCUUGGAGCCAUAGAGUUAACACCAGCAAUUGCCCUUCUGUUGCCAGCCAAUAUUGUUAUCAGCAUCUGCAUCCCAGUGCUCAACACCAGGGCCGUCUGAGUUUGGACCUGAGUCACAAGCACUCUAGUGAGUGUUCUGACAACUCACGCACAAGGUCAUCGCAUGGUUCAAAUUCACUGCCUUCUAGUGCAAGACUUGUAGGUUCUUCCAGCAACUUGCAAUAUAGGACAGAACGAAUAAAAAUACCAUGGACGCCAAGGUACCCGAGGUCCGUCAUUGGCUCUGAUAGGGGUUCACUGUCUCAUUCCGAAUGUAGCAGCCCCAGCCUGGUAACCCCACCGCAGUCACCGCUUAACCUGGAGACCUCAUCCUUCGCCAGUAGCCAGUCGCAGAACUCGCUUUCCACCCUGCCCAGGAUUUCGGUGAGCCCAGUAUCUGUAGGGCAACGUCGAAAAGACAAGCCUUAUAUGGAAGAACCACGGCAUGUCAAAGUGCAGAAGGGCUCAGAGCCACUAGGAAUCUCCAUCGUAUGUGGUGAAAAUGGUGGGAUCUUUGUCUCUAAAGUGACGGGUGGCAGCAUCGCCCAUCAGGCUGGCCUUGAAUAUGGUGACCAGUUACUGGAGUUUAAUGGAAUAAAUCUGCGGAAUGCUACAGAACAGCAAGCGCGGCUCAUCAUCGGACAGCAGUGUGACACCAUAACUAUUCUAGCACAAUACAACCUACACAUGUUCCAACUUGGCAAUCACUCACGAUCAAGUUCCCGGCUAGAACCCGUGAGCAGCCAUUCCACUCCACAAGGCAGCGGAGCUGCAACCCCUGACAGCCAUUCCAUAAUUGAUACUGUGAGCGAACAGGAUGAAGGGACCAUGACGCCUCCAUCCAAGCAGACCACCCCAACCACCACUCCCCGCAAUUCAAUCAGGAAUUCUAUAGACACCAGUAAGAGGACACCUGAACCUAGAACAGUUACCAUUAAGAAGUCCCAAGUGGAACUCGGAAUCCAGAUCUGUGGUGGAAACCUGCAUGGUAUUUUUGUGUCCGAUGUAGAAGAUGACAGCCCUGCCAAAGGACCUGAUGGGCUGGUGCUUGGAGACAUGAUACUUGAGUAUGGAUCUGUUGACAUGCGGAACAAAACAGCCGAAGAAGCUUAUCUUGAAAUGCUCAAGCCAGGUGAAAAUGUUAGAAUAAAAGCUCAGCACAGAAUAGAAGAAUUCAACAAGAUCAAAGAGUUACCUGGAGAUGGAUUCUAUGUCAGAGCACUUUAUGACCGGAUGGCAGAAGUGGAGCAGGACUUGAGCUUCAAGAAGGAUGACAUUUUGUACGUCGAUGACACUCUGCCGCAGGGGAACUUUGGUUGCUGGAUGGCGUGGCAGCUGGAUGAAAACGCCCAAAAGCUGGAAAGAGGACAGAUUCCCAGCAAAUACAUGAUGGAGCAGGAGUUCUACAGGAGGCACAGCAUGUCCGAAGCUAAAGAUGAAAACAGCUCUGCAAAGACAUCGUCGGCAGCAGCUCGGAGGUCGUUCUUUAGGAGGAAGCACAAGCACAAACGCAGCGGGUCCAAAGAUGGAAAGGAACUGCUAGCCCUUGACACCAUCAGCACAGACUCCAUCCCUUUUUUGGAUGAUUCUGUAAACCUUGCUUAUCAACGAGUCCAGAAAGUGGACUGCACGUCUCCCAGGCCUGUGCUUAUUCUAGGGCCAUUACUUGAUGCUGUGAAGGACAUGCUAGUCAAAGAAUCUCCAGGAAAAUUUUGCCGGUGUCCUCUAGAGGUGAUGAAAGCUUCUCAACAAGCCAUCGAGCGGGGUGUGAAAGACUGUUUAUUCAUAGAUUAUAAACGUAGGAGUGGACAUUUCGAUGUGACAACAGUUGCCUCAAUAAAGGAGAUAACAGAGAAGGACUGUCACUGCCUCUUGGACAUUGCUCCUCAUGCCAUCGAGCGGCUCCACAGCAUUCACAUCUACCCAAUCGUCAUUUUUGUCCGUUACAAAAAUGCCAAGCAGAUCAAAGAGCAAAAAGACCCCGUCUUCCUGAGGGACAAAGUUACGCAGAAACAUUCCAAAGAACAGUUUGAGACUGCUCAGAAGAUAGAACAGGAAUAUAACAAGUACUUCACAGGGAUUGUCCAGGGAGGCCCUCUUUCGAUCAUUUGCACUCAGAUCAUGACAACAGUUGAUCAAGAACAAAACAAGGUCCUGUGGAUUCCAGCCGGCCCUCUAUAGACAUAUGCUGUGAAGUGACUGAAACUCUGCAACAUAUUCGAACAUAAAUAGCUGCUUGCGGUGGGUGUUGUUUGGUCCACCCUUAGCUGCCUGUAUGGUUGGUACAACUUUGAGGUCGUCGCGGACAACAUCUGUGAGGCAUCUGUGGAAGGCGGUAGGCCUUUCGCUGGCAGCAUUAUUGUACAUUUGUUCCUAUACAAAUGAAUGAAUGCAGAAUUUCUUUUUCAUAAGACUGUGAUGCUGCAGAGAGAGAGAGAGAGAAACCCUUUAGGAUACGUUUACAAAAACCUCCCCCCCAUCCCAAGUAUUUGGUGGUUCAUGUUUACUUGAAUUUUUUUAAACAAGCAACCUGUUCAGGUUCCCCUUCCCCAGUCACCCCCCUGCUUAUUUCUCCUCUGCUUCUGAUACAAAGAAAACCAAACAAAACAGUGUCGAGUUCCUACUCAGCUGAGUGAGCAUGACUUUUUCAUGAAGUGUGGUUCUGUCCUUCCAUAACAGCUGUUCUACCUUCAAGAACAAUCAGUCACGUGGAUUGUAAAUGGGUUUUCUUAUAGGUACCCAUUUGGGGAGUGAAUCCAGGGGCGAGAAGCACUCUUCCGAUAUAUGGGUGAGGCCACUGUUUGUAUCUCAUAAAUUCCUUUGUCUGUUCAAAAAAGUUACUGGCUUCUUUUAUGCAUGGGUUAAUAUUUAAAUGUCAUGGUGUAUCUGAUCAAACUGUGCUCAUUGUGUAUUCAGAAUAAUAAUUUUGGGUUGCUGGGCCGACAUUAAGCAGUAAAUCAUAAGGGUUAAUAGCUGUGCCUAGAGACUGCUUUUAUUUUAUCACAUUUAGGUAGUCUAUGUAAUUGGAAGCUUACAUUGCUCAAGCUUUGUUCUUUUGGUGUGUAAUAGCCAUAGGGAUUUUUAUUUAAUUAGAAUUGCAGUCUGUAUUAUAGGGAUCUAACAACCUCUAGUGUGGUCCUGUAACUUGUUAGUUUUGCCACUGUCGAUAAAUGUAGUGUGUGUCUUUGUUUAUUUUUUGUUACAAUAUGUAUCCCCUGACUCUACCAAAUUCCAUUCUGUUUCUUUUUGCACUUCUGACUUCAUUUCCCAACUGUGUGUUUAUCUUUUUUUCACCUCGUAAAGAAUUGCAUGUCAUGCUUUGUAGGUAAUGUAACUUUAUUGUUCAAGUAUCAUUGAAGUAGGACUAUAUUUGUGAUGACUGCUCCUAACAUUUCAUUAUGUACAUAGGUUUUCUUUUUUCUGUUUUUUCCCCUUCCAUUUUUUUUAGUUUUUGCUUUCAAUUUGCAUUAAUUAAAAAAAAGGGAUUCUUCUUGCACAGUUGUUCAAAGACAAAAUUUGGUUGGAAAUUUAAAUCUCUGUUUUGCAGAUAAUAUUUUAUAAUUCAAAAUACAGGAGAGAAAGAGAGAGUAAAAAAUGUAGAAAGGCUAUUGAUAAAUUCUUAGUUAAAAUACUGUUUAUAAGUUGAGGGACAACAUAUAUUUUUUUUAAAGAGGGAGGCCAGAGUUGGACUUCAACGGUACGAUUGAAACAGACCGGUACUGUUGCAACAUGGAUUUUCUGAACUAAAAAAAAGUCACUUUGUAUGAAAACAAAAAAGUUGUGUUAAAUAAAGGUCAAUUUCUAUAACUUGA